CACCAAUCGAAUAUUUUUGUUUACAAAAUCAGACAUUUUUUUCCGAAAAUCAGGACGAAUACUACCUGUAAAAGAAUGUCAGACAACGAGUACGAACGCUUUGAGAUAACGGACUACGACCUGGACAAUGAGUUCAAUGUGAACCGGCCGCGCGGACGGCAGAGCAGACACCAGCAGAUCUACGGCAUCUGGGCGGAUGACAGCGAGGAAGAGAGCGGUGGCGAGGGCGGUGGCACCCGAAGGGGGCGCUCCACCCGGAAGCCAAAGGAUUACACCAUGCCUGUGAGCUUUGUGGCCGGCGGUAUUCAGCAGGCGGGCAAGAAGAAGAAAAAGGCCCUAAAGCCUGAGGGCGAGGGAGGAUCCCAGCGGGAGGAGGCGGGGGCGGAACAGGACGCGCAAAGCGACGACUCCGCGGCCAGUGGACGUCCGGCCUUUGGCCAGAGCGACCCGAACAGCUCCAACAGCUCCUCAGAGGAAGAGAGACCCUCGUUAAGUCGCAAGCAGAUCGGCUCCACGCAGUUCCAGCAUCGCUCGCACAUCGCCAGCGAGAGGAACGUGGGCGCCUGGGAGCAGCACACGCGCGGCAUCGGCGCCAAGCUGCUCCUCCAGAUGGGCUACGAGCCCGGCAAGGGACUGGGCAAGGACCUGCAGGGCAUCUCGCAGCCGGUGCAGGCGCACGUGCGCAAGGGCAGGGGCGCCAUCGGCGCCUAUGGGCCCGAGACGGCCGCCAGUGUCGGCGGAAAGGCCGCCAAGAGCAUCAAGCCGGACGAGGACGUGCGCGAGGCCAAGGAGUUCAAGGACCAGCUGAACAAGUGGCGCAAGGGAUCUGCUACCGGGGCCGAUCCUCAGGAGAGGCAGGGAAAGCGCUACUACUACAAGUCCGUAGAGGAAGUGAUCGCCAAGGGCCACACGUCGAGCCACCUGCUCUCCGAAAAGCUGAGCAAGAAGCUGGGCAACGUGCCGGUGAUAGACAUGACGGGCCCCGAGAAGCGGGUGCUGAGUGGCUACCAUGCCUUGUGCCAGGCCAAGAUCACGCCGGAGGAGACGCUGUACGACGCGGAACCGGCGGAGAAGGGAGCCGCGCCCGUCUGCGUGUUUGCCAUGCCCGAACUGACGCACAAUUUGCAGCUCUUGGUGAGCCAGUGCGAGCAGCAGAUCAUCGCCAUCGACAACCAGGAGCGCGAGUGCUCCAGCCAGCAGGCGGCGUUGGAGAGCGAGCACCGCAAGCUGGAGGAGAUCGUGCAGCUGGAGCGGAACCACAUCCGCACGCUGGAGGAGUCCUUGGACCGAGUGGAGCGGCUGAGCGAGAACCCGGAUCUGAGUUUGCCGCAGGCGGAACGCCUGUUUCGGGAGCUGCUCGAGGACUACUCCGCCGAGUUCCAGGAGUUUGGCCUGGCCGACCUGGCCGCGGGCGUGAUAGCACCGCUCGUGAAAAGGGAGCUGGUCCCGUGGCAGCCGUUGGAGCACCCUACGGAGCCACUGCCACUGGUCAAGAAGUGGCGCGCGAUGCUGCAGAAGGGCGAGCCCGCCGAGCAGCAGCCCCGCAACGUCUUCGACCCGUACUCCUCGCUGAUCUGGGCCGGGGUGAUGCCCUCGUUCCGGGCCAGUGCCGCCGCCUGGCAGCCCAAGGAGCACCCGCCCAUGGCCGCGCUCCUGGACGCCUGGGCGCCCCUGCUGCCCAGUUGGGUGCUCGACUCGGUGCUGGAGCAGCUGGUGCUGCCGCGGCUGGUGGCCGGCGUCCAGGAGUGGGACCCCCUCACCGACACCGUGCCCAUCGACAGCUGGGUGCUGCCCUGGCACGCCAUCCUGGGCAGCAAGCUGGAGGAGGCCGUCUACCCGCAGAUCCGCAGCAAGCUGGGCGUGGCCCUGCGUGCCUGGUCGCCGCAGGACCGCUCCGCUAGGGCCAUGCUGACGCCCUGGCAGCAGGCCUUCCCCGAGGAGGAGAUGCAGGAGUUCCUGCAGCGACACAUCGUGCCGAAGCUGCAGGCGACUCUCGCCGAGUUCGUCAUCAAUCCGCUGCACCAGGACCUGGAGCUCUGGCACCAAGUGUGGGAGUGGCACGAGCUCAUCGGGCCCAUGUACAUGGCCCAGCUGCUCGACAGGCACUUCUUCCCGCGCUGGAUGCAGGUGCUCGUGGUCUGGCUGAACCAGUCCCCCGACUACGCGGAGAUAUCGCGCUGGUACACCGGCUGGAAGGGCAUGUUGAGUGAGCCGCUCCUCCGAGAGCCCAGCGUCAAGGAGCACCUGCGCCGCGCCCUGGAAAUGAUGCACCGCGCCAGCGACGCCCUGCUGCAGCCCACGGUCUCGCCCACGCCCCCGCCGCCAGUUCCGCCGGCCCCUGUGAUGAUGAUGGACCUGAUCCAUCCGCCCGCCCAGCUGGAGUUCAAAGAGCUCGUCUCGCAGCAGUGCGCCGACUUGGGCAUUAUCUUCGCUCCGCUUCCGGGGAGGCGGGAGAUGGGCAAACAGAUCUACCGCGUGGGAAAGCUCUUCUGCUACAUCGAUCGCCAUGUGUGCAUGCUCAGCGAUGGAAGCUUCACCAACUGGCAGCCGGUUGCUCUGAGUCACCUGCUGGAGCGCUCUCAAACUGGAAUCCUCUAAGUAAAGGCUACCUUUGGAUGUUGUGAAAUAGAUAAGCAUUAGAAAGUUUUUAAACAGUGUUCUCUUUAAAGUUUAAAGGCAGGAUAAGGGGAAAUUUUGUCGAAUUUAACCCUUAAGAUGUUUGUAAUAAUACAAAGAGAUAGUUUGUCGACCCUGAAUCCCAAAUAUCCGCCGAAGACAGUCCUUAUGCAUUAGGUUCGAAUCAGAUUUUUAAUCAUAAAAUAAUUCGUAAAUAAUCUUAAUCGGAAAUAAGUGAUAUACAACAAAUCUAGAAAUGUUUUUUUAUUUACCUUUUAUUUAUUUUAUUUUAAAUGUAUAUCACUUUAACAUUUUAACAAAGCUUAAAUUUAUUGUAGUUCCUUGUAGUAAUUUACUUUAAAAGGUCAGACAAAUAUGUGUAUUAUGUAGAAUACUCGGUCCAACUUUUAGGUCCAAAAAUUAAAAAAAAAAAAGGGGUGUGUCCAGCCUACGCACGACAGAA